AUGCGGAUCACUUAUACAUCAAUUAAAGAUAUUACUCCAAAGACAAGGGAUUGGAAAAUCAAAAUGCUCGUGGUUGAAAAAUCCCCCAAACGAAUUGGGCAACACUCAUCAGUAAAAUACCAAAAUCUAAUGUUGGUAGAUGAACAGGGAAAUCGUCUGCAAGCAACAAUAUUUGGAAAUGAUAUUAAUUCAAGAGAAGACUCUCUACAGAUGUUUCGAUCCUAUUAUAUUAUAAACGCAUAUGUCAAGCUACUGGAUCCUAAAUAUCAAACUGAGUCGCAUCAAUACCAAUGGAUUAUAAAUGCAAAAACAAUCAUCGAAGAGAUACCAGAAAAUGAACAACAAGUAAAAAUACCAAAGUACAACCUCAUUCCCAUUAACGAGUUGGAUGCUUAUAAGGAUUCAAUUGCAGAAAUAGAUCUCUUAGCAGUUGCUCUUCACAUCAAACCUCCAAAAGAAAUAACAUUAACAAAUGGACCAGCUACUCUUCAAGAGAUCUAUGUUAUAGAUCAAAGCUUCAAUCCUAUCUCGUUGACUAUGUGGGGUCGUUUUGUUCAAGAUGAAUGCAAAAAAAUUUCUGAAAUAAUCGAAACAAAACCAAUUCUACUUGCAACAAAGCUCAAAGUUCGUUCUUACAAUGGACUAUCUCUUUCAUCUCGACCAGCAAGUGCAUUUACAAUCAAUCCUCUUAUCCCUGAAGCAAAACCACUGCAAAGAUGUUGUCGAGCAUAUGUUGAAGUUGACGACGGGACAGGAAAAUUAGCAGCUGUUAUGUUUGGUGAACUUGCAGAAAAAGCAUUGGGUCAUUCAGCCAUUGAUUUCAUGAAUCAAACUGGAGAGGAACAUUUACCAUUUAUACAAAAAAUGGCAUCAGAAGCUUCAGAAAAUCAGUGGAUGAUUCAACUUGCUGUAGACCCAGAAAUAUUCAACCAACAAAAACACAAAAACUUCAAUGUUAUCUCCAUCGAUCCUGUCCAAUAUGGACCUGAGCUUGAAUGA